CAUAGUGUUCUACGGUUUUCAUUUGUUUUGCCCAAAUGUUUUCAUCUAGCAAAUUAUUUAAUCUGUUAUAAGUCAAAAUUUUUUCAGCUAAUCCGUUUUUAUUACACGAGAAACAAUUUUACGAGUAAUGAACACGUAUUGGAUUUGUUCCGAAUUUAUUCGCUAGGAUCAUUGUCAUCACUUUCACUUUUCACACGAUUUGUUUUAUUAGUGGUUCUAGUGUGCAUUCGCUGCAUUGAGGCGCAGUCGCCAUGGAUGACACCAUGUCGACCCUUACGAAAAUGACCCGCACGGUAAAAAAAUUGGAGGUUCCUAGGCCCCUGAAAUCAACUACAAGUUCCGCUCACAACCGCAAUUCAGUCUUGGACGUCAAAAUAAACUCUGUUGAUGACCUGAUAGUUUUGACUGAGGCGGUAGCUUAUCAAAUGAUGCAGGGAAAUUAUGACCGUGCGCUUCAAAGCAAUGUAGCAACUAUGUAUUCUAACCUCAAGCUCUAUGGCGCUCAGCUCGAAGCUCUUUACAAGGACUUUCUUGACAGAUAUUUUGUUGUAUUCCGUAACGGUUCUCAAGAUGAGCGGCUGGACAAAAAGACGCGCCUUCAUCUUCUUGAGUUGAUUGAGCUGCGCGCCAAAACUUGGCAAGGCUCCGACUACAUGAGUCAGUAUUACAGGCACCGUGGCACACAUGCAGAGCCACUGUUGGUGCCGACGAUGGAGGGGUCGGGCACGGGCGGCCCGGCGUCCCCGACGCUGGCUGCGCCCGCCGAGCCGCCGGCGCUGCUCGGCCCCGGCGAGGUCAUCAAACCCUCCGGCAAGUUCCCCAAGCCGACCAAGAUCCCCGGCAAGAACUACUCUAAGGACGAGGUCGUCAUCAGGAACGCUGAUUCCGGAAAAGUGAUGGGUAUCAAGGGCAGGAGGGUGCACAUGAUCGAAGAGCUAAGUGACACGAUUAUAUCGUUUCAGCGAGUGAGUCCUGGAGCUAAGGAGAGGCUCGUCCAAAUUACUGGACCCAAUGAAGAAAAUGUGAACCACGCGAAGCACCUGAUCGGCGACACGAUCCGGCGCAACGCGUCGCCGGUGCGACUCGAGGGCGCGGACGCGGCGUUGCGGGCCUCGCGCGCCUCGCUCGAUUCCAACGGCUCCGACGACGACCGCGCCAACAGGGAGAAGUCCCCACACAACAAUAGAGCUCUUCUUCAUAGUUUCUCUACAAAUGACGCCGCACUUGGAGAAUACAAGUACACUGUGACUUUUGGGCAACAUUCCAUUAAGAUCACGGGCAAUAAUCUGGAUCUUGUCAAGACGGCCAAGCUGGUGCUGGACGAGUACUUCGAGAGCGCGGGCGCGCUGGAGGCGCUGGGCGCGGGCUCGGGCGACUUCUUCACGCUGUCGCAGCGGCCCGGCGCCGCGCUGCUGCUGCGCGACGACGCCGCGCUCAACGGCGCCGACGACGACGUCUUCAGGCCCACCAACGACGACAACGCUGCGGACGGGGACGCCACGCCGCGCCGACCGCGCUUCUCGCGGGCCACCAGCACAGACAAGAAUCAAGGUGGGAGCGGCACGCGGCAGACGUACACGUACGAGACGCUGGUGCAGUACGCGGACUCGCCGCUGAGCAAGCUGCCGCCGGCCGGGCUGGCCGCCUUCCCGCCGGAGCUGGCGCGCAAGAGCUGCCUGGAGUUCGACAGCGCGUCCUACCUGAAGAAGGUGCGCGCCGCCGCCGGCACCACCAUGGCCGCUGACGACGUCCCCGACUCGCCAGAACCUGAAUAAACCACACCACACACAUAUUCGCUCGCAACUCGGUUCGCACAAGUACACUGUUAUUCUUUUCAAGGUAGCCUCAGUACUACUGUCAUAUUAUUGCACGCAACGAGCGAACCGAUCUAAGCAGCUUUUUAGGCAGCUGCGGACGCCUCCGAUGUCUUUAUUUGCAUCGAUAAAGGACCCGAGAGACGCUUCCACAAAUUCGAUGUCAUUGCCGUCCGCCGUGCUUGUAUUGCACACUUUCACUCACACUAAUUUUAGUGAACUUUGAAAAGUAUUAAGCACCAAAAUUUUUAUUUUUGUAGUGAUGGUUUUAGCUUACCUCAUUUUGUGAACGAAUGUUUUGUAAUAUUAAACUGGGUAAUUUUGGGUUUUUAUACUCUAGCUAGCACACUCACAUUAUACAGCCGGAAAAAAUAUACUUAACGAUUGAUCUCCUGAUAUGGCUUCACUUUUGAUCGAUGUUUGCUGCGGGUCGCCCGUAGAGACAGAUGCGUCCGUUCAGUCUAAUACAUAGGAUUUUUAUCCCAUAUAAGUGUAUGCUGAAAUCUAUUUAAUUAAACAACAGAAAACAAAGUGCAAGCAAAUUAUGCUCCCAUUUAGUUUCUUUUGUUGUAUAUAUUGAGGACUCUAGUUCGGAUGUCAUAGAGUGAUUCCAUUUAUUUUAAGAAGAAUGCAUGCAUUUCUUUGUGUGUUUGUUUACUCAUUUUCAGAUAGUGUCUAGUCCUGACGAGUAGUGUCGAUUCUCAUUGUAAUCUUAAGCUUUUUAAAUACAGGAAGCCUGUAAAUCGAUCGUUGCAAAAUAAAAUUAGGUACGAGUUAUAAUUGGGACUACCCAAUAAAAUUAUGUUAUAGAUAUAUUCUACUCUGUUAAUUGAUUAAAAGCUUUUAAUAGUUAAACUUGCUGUGCACUAAACCAAAUAAUUGUUAUUUAAAUUUUAUAUUUUAUAUGAAGUAUAAAAAAAAAACUAACUUGUAGGGCUCUGUGGUAGUUGUGAUUGCCAGGCUUCCUUUUGUCUUGAUUUCGUAAGUAGUCUUAUAAAAGUUUAAUGAUAUUUAAUGGAUAAUAUACUGACACGAAAGACUGUUCUUUUCGUAAGAGCAACAUUUUUCCUUUUUAUACUUUUCUUCUUUUAUUCAGGCAUUCACACCUUUUUGUACUUAUCAAAACGUGCAUUAUUAUUAGUACUGAUAAAGCGUUGAAAUUUCGGUUUUUUUUCACUUUCACACAUUUGGUGCUUUGGUAAAGUAUUAUCGUUGAAUCAUGAAAAAGUAUUAUCGUUGAAUAUUUAAAGAUUUAUGUUUACAUUACACUUCUUUUGUUUUUAUGUCAAUUUAAGUAUAUUGUGAAAGUUGAUGAUACACUAAAUUUUCUAAUU